CUGCGGAAACUUUGUGGGCAGACAGGACUACUCCCGGCAGGCUCCAUCCUUUCCGACGAGAUUGAAUUGCCGAUGACUGGACCCAGUGCUGCCGGUGGGUUCGGUGACGUCUGGAAGGCCCGUUGCGCCGGGCAGAUCGUAGCGCUGAAAACGCCGCGAGCCUUCAUGCGAUCGUCUGACAGGCUCUCCAAGAACCUAUGUCGGGAAGCAGCAGUUUGGCGCAAGCUCAAGCACGCUAAUAUCGCGAAGUUUCUCGGUGUCUAUCGCAAUGCUGUUCAAGGUAUAGAUCUCGCGAUGGUGAGCCAGUGGCACGAUAACGGUAACGUCAACGCGUAUCUCCUCAAACGCCCUCGUGUCAACCGUCUUGAACUCGCCCUGGACGUUGCUUCCGGCCUGCGCUACCUUCAUACGAACUACCUUGUGCAUGGAGAUAUCAAAGGCGCUAACGUACUCGUGGACGACGAGGGUCGCGCGCAGUUGACGGACUUUGGUCUUACGGCCGUUAUGUACGAGUCGGACGCUAUCGGCGGGUUAACGACGGCGUCGUUCCACGAUGGAUCAAGUCGAUGGAUGGCUCCGGAGCUGUACGUCGGGAGCGUGCGCCUGACCCCAGAAUCGGACGUGUAUGCCUUUUCCAUGUUGCUCUUCGAGAUAUACGCGGGACAACCACCAUUCCAUAGCUGCCGAACGGACGCACAAGUGUUCCUCAUGGUGCUGCGAGGAGAGAGGCCUGUGCGGACUGUCGAAGCGACGCUCAACGGGCUCGCGCCGCAGACCUGGGGACUGAUGGAGAAGUGCUGGGCGCAGCGACCGGGAGACCGACCGAAUUUGUAUGACAUCUCCCGC